CUGCAAUUUAGGAAAGGCAGAAUAAUAUGCUGGUUUCGACGCCGACAAUAAAAACAACCGUCUUAAUAUUAACAACAGACUCUGAGUGCGCGUUGUUUGUAAAUAAGUUAAAAUUAUUUGAAAUACAAUUUGUGUUCCCUUUUUUUGUAUAUUUUUUACUUAUUAUGGGCGAUUUUAAUUCUUUUGAUGAGGACACUUUACCUGACGAUGCCUGGAAGGAUUCUUUUGAUAAACUGUUGGAAGAAAAGGCAGCUUUAAGAGAAAUGAAUUUGCUGAAGAGAGAUGUCCAUGCAUCGUUUAACUUGAAUUCUAGUUAUGAAAAUAGCUGCUUUGAUAUAACUACCGCUUUAUCUGAAAAGCAAUUUAAGGAACAACAUAUGCCAACAACGCCUUCUUCAAAUGUACUUCAAUUUGGCAAGUCACAUUUGCACAAAGACAAAAUCGAGAAGACCAUUGAUUCUGUUUCUACUCCAUCGAGAGGGGAUGUUUUUAAGAAUCCAUUUAAAUGUGCUUUGUCGCCCAUAGGAAAUUGGGACUCCCCGAAUCAAAAACGGCGAGAAAAUUCUGUCGAAUCUAUAUCCUUCGAUGUCGCUUCGAGUUAUAAAAAUGACCUUCAUCCAUCCUUAGCCGAAAAUGUAGUGUCAUUACAAAAGAAAAGUUCAAAUAACAAACUUCAGCUGGGGUCACCUUUAUCAUUGGUGUUACAAAACAAAAAUGUUAAUCGAGCGCUCAAAAAUGUGUGCUUUGACAGUAAUAUUGUAACACGAGGAAGUAGAAACUCACCAUCUAUAAGUUCCCAAAUAAUGAACAAAGGAAUUACCUUGCAACCAGGAAAAUGGAGAAAAUCUUUGAAUACAUGGCGUCGAACGCAGUCAUUGCCUUCAGGUAAUCCAACAAAGUUGAAUGGAGAUUAUGAAAGCGAAAGGAAAGUCUCGUUAACUGUUGCAGCUCAUCGAAAAUCUAUUUCGUGUAGGAAGCAUUCCAGUUCAGAGCCAACCAAAACUAAUUUCAAGCGUCAACUGCUUGGAAGGUGUAAUCAGUCGCAUGUUUUGCGUUUUGAAAGUGCUUAUAGUGAUCCAUAUUUAGAAUGUUGUGAAAAAAUUGGCGAAGGGGCAUUUGGAGAGGUAUUUUUGUACAAAUCUCCAACCCAAAAAGAGGCCGAUAAUGUCGUUUUAAAAAUAAUACCUAUUGAGGGCCUACAAUUAGUAAACGGAGAGAUCCAAAAAACUUAUGAACAAAUACUGCAGGAAGUUGUUAUUUCCAUGGAACUGUGCGCCCUUGGCCACGAAAACAGAGGAAUAAGUUUUGCCAAUGGAUUUGUAAACAUACAAGCGGUCAAAUGUGUUAAGGGGCACUACCCAGCGCACCUACAAAAGCUUUGGGAAGAAUAUGACGAUCGAAAAGAAUCCGAAAAUGAUCAUCCCCAGUGUUUCAUGUCCGAUCAAAUAUAUGUUGUUUUGGAAAUGGCUUUUAGUGGUAAAGAUAUGGAAAAGUUUAUUUUCAAGAAUGCUGAGCAAUCAUAUUAUGCCCUCCAACAGAUUGUAUUUGCCCUCGCAGUGGGAGAGAUGGUCUAUGAAUUUGAACAUCGUGACUUGCACUGGGGCAAUAUUCUAAUUGCCACAACGAAUGAAAAGUAUAUAUGUUAUAAGCUCAAAAAUCAGGUUAUAAGUUUGCCGACUAAAGGCGUUAAGGCUACAGUCAUUGACUACACGCUUUCGCGCAUAACGUACGGAGAUUGUUGUUAUUACAAUGAUCUAUCUCUUGAUAAGGAUCUUUUCGCCGCGACGGGAGACUAUCAGUUUGACAUAUAUCGCAUGAUGCGCGAUAUUUUAAAUGACAAGUGGGAAACUUUUGAGCCCAAAACCAAUGUAUUUUGGAUAUCAUAUAUUAUAUCAAAGCUUUUAAAUAAUGUGAAAUAUAAAAAUAAUAGAACUAAACUGCAUUUAGAAUAUAUUAAAAAGCUCCGCACUUUGGAAUCCACAAUUCUGUCAUAUAAAAGUUGUAUGGACUUCGCCAUGAACCUAAUAAUGGACAUAUAAAAUAUAUUUAUUAUUACUUUGUACCCUUUAUUUUAUAUUAUAUUGAUAUUUAUUUAUUUUAUAAUUUUAUUGUAUAUCUAUAAUGUUUAUUUUCAAAUUUAUAAACUUUGUAUUCUUAAACAA